AUGUCUCUCCUUCUACUCUUUCUCUUGUCCAUUGCCUUCUCCCAGCCCAUCCGCCCCAACGGUAACGACCGCAACAACCUUCUCCCCGUCCAGCCAGACACCCCCAUCUUCAAUCAGCGUCUACGCUCAGGCUGCGUUCGAAACUUUCGCACCUUCGAUGGCGUAUGCACUUCCUUCGGUACGCCGGAGCGUAAGCUAUGGGCCUCUACAAACCGCCCUCACUACUCUUACUUCCAAGGCCGCGACACCCUGGUCCCUCGAGGCGAAGCCCUACCAUCUGCCCGUCUGAUUUCCAACAUGCUUUGCCGGCAAGGGGGAAACACCCCAGAGCCCAGAGGGCUCGCAGAACUGGCCACUUUCUUUGGUCAGUUCAUCGACCACACCAUUGUCGCCACCACGACCAACAAAGCCGAGCCGAUGCCGAUCAAGAUCCCGGACGGUGAUCCGGUCGCCGCCAACUUUUCGAAAAGCGAGAUGCCAUUUUUCCGAAGCGUCCGCGUUCGGGUGCGCACACGCGACAUGACGCAGACCCCGAGCAACGUCCUCCCGUCCGCUAUCGACUUGGCGUCUGUGUACGGCCCCAACAAGGAGCGUUGUGAUGCCCUGCGGCAGCCGUACGGUGGAUUAAUGAAGACGAGCGGUGGUGGCAUGCUGCCGCUGAAUUACGCGGGGCUGAACAACGCGCCGCGUUCUGGACCUGAGUUCUUCUUGGCUGGCGACCACCGCGCCAACGAGCACCCCAUGCUCACGACAUUGCACACAGUGUUUCUGCGCGAGCAUAAUCACAUCGCAAGGGAGCUGGCACGAAAGUUUCCAAAGUGGAAUAGUGAGAUGCUGUUCCAGAUGGCCCGCAAGAUUAAUGGGGCACAAAUGCAGAAGAUCGUGUACGAGCAAUGGUACCCUGCAGUGACGGGGCGACGGCUGAGGCGAUACUCUGGGUUUAACAAGAACGUGGACCCGACUGUGAGCGUAAGUUUUAGUACAGCUGGAUUUAGAGUGGGGCACACGAUGGUGGGCAACAGGGUGAACAGGGCGUGGAAAGGGAACCAGAGGAUGCCGUCUCUAUCGCUCAAGGACAUGUUUUUCAAGUCUGCAGACAAGAUGAAAAAGGACGGAAUGGAGGUGUUCCUCCGCGGGGCAAUGAUGAACCGAGCGCAGAAGAUAGAUGUCAAGGUGCACGAUGCGCUCCGAAAUUUCCUGUUUACUGGUAUUGGUGGGGAGGAGGGUUUGCACGACUUGGUGGCGCUGAAUAUCCAGCGGGGACGGGAUCAUGCGCUGCCGACGUACAACGCACUGCGGGUGAAACUGGGGUUUCCCAAAGCGGUGACGUUUGCACAGAUCACGCGGAACAAGAACGUGCGGAGCGCGUUGCAAAACGUGUACAAGUCAGCCGGGCUAGUGGAGAUGUGGCCUGGGUUGAUGGCCGAGGAUCACGCACAGGGGAGCUCGAUGGGGCCGACUAUGCUGAGGUUGUGGCAAAGGGAGUUUACACGGCUGCGGGAUGGAGAUAGCUUCUUCUAUUUGGCGGCUGGUAUGUUUUCGAAACGGCUGAGAGAGGAGAUACCGCGGGUGCGGGCGCUGUACAAUGGCUCGGAGGACACGUUGAGAGGGAUUUUAUUGCGGAACACGGAGAUUAUAGAGAGAGACUUGCCCGAGAAGAUGUUCUUUGUAGAUGGGUAUGAUGGAGCGUAGCAUAGUUGUGCAUGAAGCCAAGUUGUAUGUUAGCCGUUACUGAUGCGGACAAAUACAGAAGGCAGUGUGCGGAAUAAAAUUUCGGGGAAAAAUA